AUCCCCGAAUUGGCCCUCGUUUGCCUCGUUUUGCUGCGAUGCCGCCUGCUCUGUACCGGGCGAUGUAGUGACUCUCACUGCGGAGCGCAGAUUGCCAGCUCCGUCGCCCUCAGCGCGCUCACGGAGAAAGCCUGCUGCUUUUCAUCGGGCCAGCUGGGAGUUUAUUUAAUGAAAAGUGCUGUAGACUGAAAAACCAAACAUGAGGGUAGCAGGAGCUGUAAAGCUGGUGGUAGCUGUGGCAGUAUUUUUAUUGACAUUUUAUGUUAUUUCUCAAGUAUUUGAAAUAAAAAUGGAUGCAAGUUUAGGAAAUCUAUUCGCGAGGUCACCAUUGGACAUGGCUACACGCUCUACGAAACCACCCAGAUAUAAAUGUGGGAUCUCAAAAGCUUGCCCUGAGAAACAUUUUGCUUUUAAAAUGGCAAGUGGAGCAGCCAAUGUGGUGGGACCCAAAAUCUGCCUGGAAGACAAUGUGUUGAUGAGUGGUGUUAAAAAUAAUGUUGGAAGAGGGAUCAAUGUUGCCUUGGCAAAUGGCAAAACAGGAGAAGUAUUAGACACUAAAUAUUUUGACAUGUGGGGAGGAGAUGUGGCACCUUUCAUUGAGUUUUUGAAGGGCAUACAGGAUGGAACGAUAGUCUUAAUGGGGACGUAUGACGAUGGAGCAACCAAAUUGAAUGAUGAAGCCCGGCGGCUGAUCGCUGACUUGGGGAGUACAUCUAUUACGAAUCUCGGGUUCAGAGACAACUGGGUCUUCUGUGGUGGGAAGGGCAUUAAGACCAAGAGCCCCUUCGAGCAGCACAUAAAGAACAAUAAGGACACAAACAAAUACGAAGGAUGGCCUGAAGUCGUAGAGAUGGAAGGAUGCGUCCCUCAGAAGCAAGACUGAUGGGCGCGCACUUGCACCAUCAAUGGGAGAGCUCUAACGAAGAAGCCACGUGUACAUAUUUUACUAGCAUGCAGCCAUCUUGGUGUGUGCAUGAACAUUCUCUUUUGAUAUCAGGAUUAUUUAUUGCUAACGUAAAUAGCUAUCUUUGUAAAUAGCCCUCACAAUGAGCAAAUUGUGGAACCAUUUUUAAGUAUAUUUGCCUAAGAGUACAAUGUUUAGACUGCUAUGGUAAUAACAUACUUUAAUUCUAAAAGUAUAAUCAGUGGAUAACCGAAGAGAUUGUGAAAAUACUGAUAUAUAUGCUGAUUGUUGUGAAAAUCUAUAAUGACUUGUAGGGAGAUUUUGUUUAUAUAGAAUGCACAUAUCAGACCUUGUGAUUAGAAUAUCUUUUCACUUAAAGAGAAAGUUGACUAGUUGUAUGUGUAAUGUUACCUUAUAGUCUGGUCUCUUUAUGUACCUUUUAGUCUUUAUUUUUACUUUCCAAAACAGCAAGAAAUAAAAUAUCUGAUAUGAAAAUCUCAGAUUUGUGAAAAGCACAACAAAUUAUUGUUUUCAUGCACACAGUAAGGCGUCAGGAUAUAAAUGUAGAUGACAUUGAGGACCCCAGCCUCUGGGUUUUGUGUUAGCCGUGUGAGGAACUGGAU